AAACGGCCCUGUAAGGCCAGGCCAUGGCUGAGGCCAUUUAAGCUCGACUAGGACCAGGCCCGAGCCUGGUAGACAGGUCACAGGGGACGAAACUCUGGCAUGGCCCAUUUCGCAAACCCUUUCUAGCAGAGAAAGUUGAAGAAACGCGUGGAAUGAAAACCCGUUCGGAUCGUUCUCUUCCCAUGACGAAGCCAAGACGACUGAAAGGCCACAACGACGCCGUCACGUGCUGCGUAGCCUCACGUGCCACGCCUGGAACUAUCUUCUCUUCUGGCGAGGAUGGUUGCGUUUGCUAUUUCGAUUUGCGAUGCAAAGAUGCGGUAUUCACGAUGGAAGUGGGGAAAGUACCCGUUUCAUCCAUAUGCUUCAAAGCAGGGAAUGAAGAUGUUAUCUAUGCCUCCUUAGGAACUGAAAUCAAGGGUUUUGAUGUUCAUAUGGCAUCUUCGUGGAAGCCAUUGGAAAGCUAUAACUAUAACAAAGAGGAGAUAAACCAGAUUGCUUUCAGCGCGAAGUCGUCUUUUCUUGCUGCUGCAGAUGACAGUGGUGACGUGAAGAUCAUUGACACUCGCCAGCAGUGUUUGUACAAAACACUAAGAGCUGCUCAUACAAGUAUUUGUAGCAGUGUACAAUUCCUUCCUUGGAAACCUUGGGAAGUCAUUACUGGUGGUCUAGACUCAAAGCUUGUGAUGUGGGACUUCUCCCGAGGGCGGCCAUACAAAGUUGUAGAUUUUGGGAUGCCUGACAUGGACAAUUGUGAGUCUUCUAGUAAUGCAAAUCAAUGUUUCAACCCUGCUUUUGUGCAUGCAUUAGCAGUCCUGGAAGCGGACAUGUUGGACGGGGUAGCCAAGAUUUGUGGUGUGGGAAGGGGCGAUGGCGUUGUUGAUGUGAUUGAUAUUGAAUAUGAGCUGGCUGUUGCUAAAUCAAGAAGUUCAUCGCAGCUCAAGAAGGGAUCUCAGCCAAGAUCUAGGGACAGUACUGUGCAAGGGGCUAAUGCUGCAACACUUGAUCCUAACCAAGGGAAGCGUUUGCAUUUGGAUUAUGCUGUGGGAGGGCAUACUGCUGCUGUAUCUUGCGUGGCUUUUUCAUUGUUUGGGGAGAGAGGGAAGUUUAUCAUUUCAGGUGGGAAUGAUGCGUUUGUGAAGGUGUGGGAUUGGUCUAAAUAUUCUGACAAUAGAGGAAGCGGCUGCAGCAGUGAUCUUCUGCCUCUGAGCAUUGACGUGAGGAAAAAAGUUAAUUGGCUAUGUACCACCACAGCAGAUUCAGAGAACCUUGUCGUUUGUGACACGUCUAAAGUCAUGAAGGUGUACAACAUUCUAAGGUUAGGGUUUUUUCAAAAAAGAAGCGGAAGAAGAGGCUCUGGAAUUCGGGGAUUUUUCCUGUUUUCAGAGAUGAUGGAAUCUGGCGCUCCUCCUUGCAGUACCUGCGGCGAGCCGGUCGGCUUUGAGGAGAACGGUGAGGCUUUCGUUGCUUGCCAUGACUGUAAUUUUCCCAUUUGCCGGUCCUGUUUCGAUUACGAACUCAAGGAAGGAGGGAAAUGCUGCUUGAGAUGUGGUGCUCCUUACGUUCAUAGAUCAGUCCCCAAUGUUCAAAAGGAGACAUCCAGCGGAGGGCUAACCAUGGCAGCCCAUCUCAGUGACUCUCAGGAUCCUGCUGGCCACAGUAGAAACAUCAGUACUCUCUCGGCAGCAGAAACCGAGUCGAAUGCCGAAUCUGGGAACCCAAUAUGGAAGAACCGAGUGGAGAGUUGGAGGGAGAAGAAGAAUAAGAAGAAGAAGAAGGCAGCUAGUAAGGAUGAUAAAGUAGCUCAAAUUCCAGCUGAACAGCAGAUGGAAGAGAAACAGUCUCAAGAAGCUGGAGAACCUCUUUCAGCUAUUGUUCCGAUACCUCGUGAUAAGCUCACACCAUACAGAAUUGUGAUUAUAAUGAGAUUGAUAAUUCUCGGACUUUUCUUCCAUUAUAGAGUAACCAAUCCUGUUGAUAGCGCUUAUGGUUUAUGGCUCACAUCUAUCAUCUGUGAAAUAUGGUUUGCCAUUUCUUGGGUUUUGGAUCAGUUUCCUAAAUGGUCCCCUAUCAAUAGAGAGACAUAUGUCGACAGAUUGUCCUUAAGGUAUGAAAAGGAGGGUGAAGUCUGUGAACUUGCUGCUGUGGACUUUUUUGUUAGUACCGUCGAUCCGUUAAAAGAGCCACCGUUGGUCACUGCCAAUACAGUGCUUUCAAUACUUGCUGUCGAUUACCCUGUUGAGAAAGUCUCUUGCUAUGUGUCUGAUGAUGGCUCUGCUAUACUUACAUUUGAAGCUCUCGCGGAGACGGCUGAAUUUGCAAGAAAGUGGGUCCCAUUUUGCAAGAAGUUUUCCAUUGAGCCACGGGCACCUGAAUUUUAUUUCUCUCAGAAGAUUGACUAUCUGAAGGAUAAAGUACAGCCAUCUUUUGUGAAGGAACGCAGAGCAAUGAAGCGAGAUUAUGAAGAGUACAAAGUGAGGAUAAAUGCUUUAGUGGCAAAGGCUCAAAAAACACCAGAUGAAGGUUGGACGAUGCAAGAUGGUACACCUUGGCCAGGAAAUAAUCCUCGCGACCAUCCUGGAAUGAUUCAGGUUUUUCUCGGACACAGUGGUGCCCAUGAUAUAGAAGGAAAUGAGCUUCCCCGAUUGGUGUAUGUCUCAAGAGAGAAGAGACCUGGUUACCAGCACCAUAAAAAAGCCGGUGCAAUGAAUGCUCUGGUCAGAGUGUCUGCCAUUCUCACAAAUGCUCCAUAUAUUCUCAACCUUGACUGUGAUCACUACCUUAAUAAUAGCAAAGCUAUUCGUGAAGCAAUGUGUUUCAUGAUGGAUCCACAGGUGGGCAGAGAUGUCUGCUACGUUCAAUUCCCUCAAAGAUUUGAUGGCAUUGACCGCAGUGACCGUUACGCGAACAGGAACAUAGUCUUCUUUGAUGUUAACAUGAAAGGCCUUGAUGGCAUUCAAGGACCUGUUUAUGUGGGGACUGGUUGUGUUUUCAACAGGCAAGCCCACUAUGGCUAUGGACCUCCAUCCUUGCCCAGCCUACCCAAGGCUUCUUCUUCUUGUUCUUGGUGCUGCUGCUGCUCCUGCUGCCGCCACUCUAAGAAAGCUUCUAAAGAUCAGUCAGAGGUUUACCGAGAUGCAAAACGGGAGGAACUUGAUGCUGCUAUUUUUAACCUCAGAGAAAUUGAUAGCUAUGAUGAAUACGAGAGGUCGUUACUGAUCUCCCAAACGAGCUUCGAGAAGACAUUUGGCUUCUCUUCUGUAUUCAUCGAAUCUACUCUGAUGGAGAACGGGGGAGUACCCGAGUCUGCAAACCCAUCAACCCUGAUAAAGGAAGCAAUCCAUGUCAUUAGCUGUGGGUACGAGGAGAAAACUGAAUGGGGAAAAGAGAUUGGUUGGAUAUACGGGUCCAUCACAGAAGACAUCUUAACUGGUUUUAAGAUGCACUGCCGAGGCUGGAGAUCACUUUACUGUAUGCCGGUUAGGCCAGCCUUCAAAGGAUCAGCACCCAUCAAUCUUUCGGAUCGGUUACACCAGGUUCUGCGGUGGGCUCUUGGGUCUGUGGAGAUAUUCCUUAGCAGACACUGUCCCCUCUGGUAUGGUUUUGGGGGUGGCCGUCUCAAAUGGCUACAAAGGCUUGCAUACAUUAACACCAUAGUCUACCCAUUCACUUCACUCCCUCUUGUUGCCUACUGUUCGCUGCCUGCUAUAUGUCUUCUCACCGGAAAAUUUAUCAUACCUACGCUUUCAAACAUUGCAAGCGUCUGGUUUCUUGGCCUUUUCAUGUCUAUUAUCUUGACCAGCGUCCUUGAGCUGCGAUGGAGUGGCGUGGGCAUUGAAGAUUUGUGGCGUAAUGAGCAGUUUUGGGUGAUUGGAGGCGUUUCCGCCCAUCUUUUUGCCGUUUUCCAAGGAUUUCUAAAGAUGCUUGCAGGCCUUGACACCAACUUCACCGUCACAUCAAAAGCUUCUGAUGAUGGAGAGUUUGGUGAGCUCUACAUAUUCAAAUGGACCACACUUCUGAUCCCACCAACAACCCUUUUGGUCGUCAAUAUGGUGGGUGUUGUUGCUGGGUUUUCCGAUGCACUGAACAGUGGCUACGAAUCAUGGGGGCCUCUCUUUGGUAAGGUCUUCUUUGCAUUUUGGGUGAUUCUUCAUCUGUAUCCUUUCCUCAAGGGUCUCAUGGGGAGACAGAACCGGACUCCAACCAUUGUCAUCCUCUGGUCGGUGCUGUUGGCGUCCGUCUUCUCGCUUAUUUGGGUGAAGAUCGAUCCGUUCUUGAGCAAUGUGGACAGUUCUACUGUUGCUCAGAGUUGCAUUUCCAUAGAUUGUUGAAUUCUCCAAUGGGUUUUGAGUCGUGUGGAUACUAUAACGUGAAGCUUGAAUCAUCUCGGAAAUGGAUUUGGAUACAUUCCCAAAUUUCUCAUAAUCUCCAAUAGUAUUGUAAUGGCAUUCAGGGGUUCUUGUUAUUAUUCUCAUGAAGUAUGCACACAGAUGACUUGGAUUUCCACCAAUAAUUAGAUGCUUGGUGAGUUCCAGCGGGUGUUACAGACAAUGUUUGCAAUUUGAAAUGCAACAUGUUCAGUGUUUGAGCAGAACUGGCUUUCUUCA